AUGUCCUUCUUGCGCGAGGCAGAGAAAUGUCUACUUAAUCAAAAGGCAUUUGCGAAUUUGAAUGCCUUCAUUACUCCAUUAGAGCGCUCCGCGACAUGGGUGGAGCGGCUUCGAGCUGUGGACGACCGCCGGGGGAAAGAUGUAGUGCUGGCCCCCCUAAAUGGUAAGCUCGUUGGUGUGAAGGAUAACAUCUGCACCAGCGAGCUGCCAACUACCUGCGGAUCUGCGAUUCUCCAAAAUUUUACUAGUCCUUUCAAUGCGACGGUUGUUGAGUUAUUAGAAAAUGCAGGAGCUGUCGUGGCUGGGAAGACGAACCUGGAUGAGUUUGGCAUGGGAUCCCAUUCCACACAUUCCCAUUUCGGCUCUGUGAAAAAUAACUGCGGAGGAGAGGAAUAUUAUUCAGCUGGCGGAAGCUCUGGAGGGAGUGCGAUUGCAGUUGCCACAGGACAAUGCCAUGCGGCAUUGGGGACUGACACCGGUGGCUCAGUACGCCUUCCGGCGGCGUAUACGGGUAUUCUUGGGUUUAAACCUUCGUACGGUUUGAUAUCGAGAUGGGGAGUUGUGGCAUAUGCGAACUCCCUUGAUACAGUAGGGAUAUUUGCGAAGGACACAGCAACUGUCCGUAACGUUUUUGACGUGGUGAACCGAUAUGAUAGCCGUGAUCCGACUAGUAUUUCACCCGCCACUCGGUUACGCAUCUUAGCCGCUGGCAAAGAGCCGACGAAGCGGCCUGCUCGCCUGCGAAUUGGAGUUCCCCUUGAAUACAACAUACAUGAACUGAGCCCUGAUAUCCGAUCUGCAUGGCAGAGAGCACUUCACCAUCUGCAAUCCAAGGGGCACAGUAUUCAUCCUGUCACGCUUCCAGCCACCAAACAAGCCUUAUCUGCGUACUAUGUCUUGGCUCCGGCGGAGGCUUCAUCGAACUUGUCAAAGUACGACGGUGUCCGAUAUGGUACCAGAGACAUCAAAUCCGCAGACAAUGCAGGAGACUACCUUUAUUCGAAUACCCGUGGAAAAGGGCUCGGACCGGAAGUCAGGCGACGGAUACUCCUAGGAACGUUCUCUCUCAGCGCAGAUAAAAUUGACAAUUAUUUUAUUCAAGCGCAGAAGAUCCGGAGAUUGGUUCAGUCAGACUUUAACUCCGUAUUUCGGCGUCGGCACCCACUUUUACAUACAACAGCAACAUCUCUCGAGCUAAGGGACCCUAUCCAUAAUAGCGAUGUUGAGGCCAAUGUCAAAAUUGACGUGCUCAUCUGCCCUACCGCCCCGUCAACUGCACCAACCAUAAAAGAGUUGGAAAAUGCUUCUCCUAUCGAAGCAUACACAAACGACGUCUUCACAGUCCCAUGCAGCCUUGCAGGACUCCCGGCAUUGAGUGUUCCAGUUUCCUUCGAAGGAGAACAACACAAGAUUCCAAGUUGCCUACGCCAUGCAGGUGUACAAGUCAUCGGUCAGUUUGGAGACGAUGACAUGGUCUUAGACGUUGGAAUGAUGCUUGAGGACAUAAACAAGGUGUGA